AUGAACACCAGGCCCAUUCUAGACUCGGACACCGGGCCAUUUGUGCUCUCGGCCUCCUUCAACGCUGACUACUCUCACUUCUCAGUCGCACUCGAGACGGGAUUCCGGGAGGUCGGCGGCGGCAUCGGCUGCGCAGAGCUGCUCGGUAACCAUGGCUACGUCGCCCUUGUCGGAGGAGGGAAGCAGCCCAAGUUCCCCCAGAACAAGGUACAUCCUGAGGACUCCGACUGGCUCCUGGUCAACCACACUGACAUCAUCUACGAGGUUCAAAUCUGGAACGAAAAGACAGAAAGAUAUACCACCUCGGUCGAAUUCAAGACACCAGUACAGCGCGUGCGCGUGUCGACCACACACAUGAUUGUCGCGCUGCUGAACUCAGUAGGCAUCUACAAGAUGAAGUCACCACCAGUGAAGAUAGCCGAAUACGAGACGGUCAACAACCCCUUUGGUAUAUGCGAGCUGGGUACCAACAUCGUUGCGUUCCCUGGUAGGGCAGCUGGUCAGGUUAAGAUAUAUGACCUGAACACGGGCAACGUGAGCAUCAUCCCAGCGCAUGAGAGCCCCCUGCGCGCCAUCGGUAUAAGCAGGAAUGGUGAUCUCAUUGCGACGGCUAGCGAGCAGGGUACUCUGGUACGCCUGUGGUCAUUCCCGUCCUGUACGAAACUAGCCGAACUUCGUCGCGGCGUGGAUCCUGCUGCCAUCUUCUCCCUUUCCUUCUCUCCCGAUGGCUCAACUCUCGCUGUCACGUCGGACAAGUCGACUUUGCACGUUUUCGAUCUCAAAACAGCCACGGCUCAAGCCGAUCCAUCGCAACACAAAUACGGUAUAUUGUCCAAGAUACCUCUUCUGCCUCGGCAAUUUUCCGAUACGUACCCCACUGCGACGAUAAAAUUUGAAAUGGGCGAGGAACCUACGGCUUGGGGACCACAUGGUAGGUCUGCCACGUUGAGCGCCGGCAUUCCAGGUGUACCGGGUGGCAGACCCACCAAGGGCCUCAUUGGCUGGUUGAACGAUGAGACCAUUAUCAUUCUUGGAGCCGGGAAAGAUCCCCGAUGGGACAGGUUCAUUGUGAGCCAGGAUGAUAAUGGGAAGAAGUGUCUUAGCCCGAAUGGGUGGAGACGGUACAUCGACUAG